ACGCAUUUAUGAAAGUUUUAAGCACGCGGUCCCGCUGUGGAGGAAGAAAGCCUGAAUGAACCAUCUUCAAGUUGGGCCGGGCCGAGCUGGACUGGUUAUAUAUAUCAUGUUUUCGUGAUCUUUGGUCGUUGUUUUUAACUAUUAAUUAUUAAAAGUUCAAAAAGAUACUCCGAGUACAUUAUUAUAUAAUACAGAGGCCACAUUAUGAUGGGUCAAAUUCUUGAAGCCAAACCGCUCAUAUCUCUCUGGUUUUCAUGAUUAAAUCCACCAUUUUGGUUUUGCUUUCCACUUGAAUCCCACUAUACUGAAGUGGCUCUUCACCUACCUGCCAAUCCCAAGUUUCUUUCUCUUUUCUGCAUAAAUCCCUCUCCGCUCUUCAUGUUUCCCUGGUUUGGAUGAUCAAGAAAAUCUGAGAUUUGCAGGAUAAGGGCAUUGCACCAAUUACCAGUUAUUCAUGGGAACAUUAAAUGCAACAACUAUGCACUUUCCUAGAGAGCCCGUAAAUCACGGCGAGACUUCAAUGCAGCAAAGUGUGCUGUUCUCCGAGAGUCUGAAGGACUUGAAGAACCUCCGAAAACAGCUGUACUCUGCAGCUGAGUACUUUGAGUCAUCUUAUUCCAAUGAUGAUCAAACCGAGAUAGUUGUAAAUACAUUGAAAGAUUAUGCCAUGAAAGCUGUUUUGAACACUGUGGAUCAUUUGGGCUCUAUGACAUGUAAGGUGAAUGAUCUAUUAAAUGAAAAUGUUGGCGAAGUUUUCAAAACCGAACUUCGGAGAUUAAGGUCAUGCCAACAGUAUAUUGAUUGUGAGGGUCUUUCGCAGCAAUCUUUGCGUAUAAACACUCCCAAAUACCAUAGAAGAUACAUCUUGCCAGAUGGUGAAGGCAUGCGUGGUCUUGAUGCUGAAGAUGACUGGUCUGAGUUUCGAAAUGCUGUUCGAGCAACGAUUACACAGGGUCCUAUCGAAUUCGUAAAUGGAAGCUGUUCUGCUCUAGAUUCUCGAGGACUCUCUCAGGACUCUCGUGAUUUUUCGUUCUCAAAAGCCGAGUCCAAAAGAGAUUCAGGACCAGAGAAGCGAAGGACAGUGUCACCACACCGAUUUCCUCUCAUACGAACGGCAUCUCUGGCUAGAAGGUCGAGCACACCUAAAAAAUCUCGGCAAACAACCCCUAAAAGCUCCUCGCGGUCUACAACGCCGAAUCCAAGCAGCCCCACCACUCCAAAUCCUAGAAGACUGUAUCCUUCGGAACCUAUUAAAUCAGCUUCAAUGAGGCUCCAUACAGACAAAGAAAUACGCAAAGAUUUGGAUCAUCACCACACAGGCAAAAGCAAACGUCUCCUUAGAUCUUUGCUUAGCCGGCGCAAGUCAAAGAAAGACGAAACACUAUAUACGUACAUCAAUGAAUAUUAACAAACAAUACAAGACCGACAUUGAACAUGGAUUAGAAACUCAAAUCCGUUUAAAUUUUUUUCCACCACUUUGCAAUGUUACCAUGUAUUUUUUUUCUCUAUUUAAUAUACUGCGCUUAUAGGUGGAGUAAGGUUUGCAUACGCUUACCCUCUCCCCACAUUUGGAAGCUCGCUGAGUUAUUU